CGAUCUUCCAGAUUCCAAGCGACGUGAUGCGACGCGUGCUCCAGCUCAUGGCCAUGACCUCCACGGUGCUUGCCGGCGCCAUGCAUAUGCAUGACGCGGGCAAGGUCGUCAACCACGGGCUCAUCAUCAACACGGUGAAAGCGCCGGCGAUCGUCGAGCCCGUCGACCACUUUGGCGACGACGACGUCGUGCACUCGAUUCGCCACCUCCACAACAUUCGCCCCGAAGGGCAUGCGUCCGGGCGCGGUCCUGCGUACGUGGCAGCCCGAAACAUCUCCAAAGGCGAUACCAUCGUGAGCCUGCCGCUCGCAAGCGCCAUGUCUGCCAAGACGGCUGCGGAGGGCCGGAUCCAGGCGCUGCUUCUCGCCAACCCCGACUUGCCGAACGCAGUUGUGCUCGCGCUGCACGUGCUCGAAGAGAAGUUCAAAGGCGCCGACUCGAAAUGGUUUUCAUUUCUGCGGGCGCUGCCCAAGACGCUCCACGGCACCAUCUAUCUGCCCAACGACGAAAUCGACCUCAUCGAGGGCUCGCAGCUGCACCGGCUGACGCAAGCGCGGCUCGAAGCCGUCUCCACGUUCUACGACGCGCUGCAUGGCCCGCUGACGUCGAAUGCGAUGGACCCGCCGCUCUUCCGCGAGCUCGACUUUACGCUCGAAUCGUUCAAGUGGGCGCUCUCCAUCGUGUGGGCGCAUGCGAUUCUUGUGCCGAAGUCGCAGGCCGAUCCCGCCGACAUGGAAGCGCUUUUAGUGCCGAUGGUCAGCACGAUGGGCCAUAGCGCGACGGUGCGCAACCACUUUGACGUCAACCACGACACGCAGACGUUUGCAAUGGUGGCGACGCAGCACUUUGGCGUCGGGGACCCCGUCGUCAUCAACCUCGGCGACAACUCGAUGACGCUGUACAUGCUCAACUACGGCUUUUGCGGCGACCCGUCGCCCUUCGAUAUGCUGCCGAUGGCGAUUCAAGUCGAGGCGAGUGACCCGCUGCUCAAGUUCAAGACAUCGAUCCUCGAGAUGGUCAACUCGACCAUGGAGACCCCGUACGAGCUUCGCCUCGACGCGCCGUUGCCCCCGAGCAUGCUGCAGUCGAUGCGCAUCAAGGUCAUGACGAGCCCCGAGAUUGGCGCGUACGAAGCCGCGGUCCGCAUGGAGCGCAUCGGGCUGCGCAACGAAUAUGCUCUUUCGAAAGCCUUGCUCCGGACGACGGGCGCGAUGCUGGAUGCGUACGCCUACCCCCUCGACGAGAUGCGCCGGGUGCUGCGAACGCUCGAGGGUCGCAGCCGGGACCUCGCGCGGACGGUCAUCCACGAGCAAGAGAUUUUGACGGCGACCAUGGCGGCGGUCCGCGAGCAUUGGCACGGCCUCCUCCUAGACGCUGCGUUCGUGCCCACGUAACUCGAGUUGGACGAAGAGCGUAAAACAAUAAGACAAAGAGGGUGC